AUGAAGAUAUGCGGACAUCACCCAGCGAAACGACUUCGCACGGGCCACCGCAGAACAUCCGAGCCAUCAAUCGAGCAAUCGCAGUUCUGGUUUGCUGACGGGGACAUCGUGAUUAGCGUUGAAGGACAAUCAUGGAAGAUUCACCGCAGCAAACUUAUGUGUUCUGUUAUUUUUGCGGACAUGCUCGAACUUCCGCAGCCGGCCGACAUCGAGAGAAUGCAUGGAUGCCCUCUGGUCAGUCUGUGGCAAGAUUCCGUGAAAGACUGGCUAGUCGUCCUGAUGUGGAUGUACCAACGCGACAAGUUCAAUAACCAAACUGUCAUCUUUGAUACCACAGCCGGAGCCCUACGACUAUCCAACAAAUAUGACAUCGCAGACCUCCGUCAAUGGAGCACACGUCAGUUAUUUCUGCGAUGGCCCCAAGACCUCACCAAAAUGACCUAUGCCGCAUUUCCUCAUGCCGCUGAGGCCAUAUGCCUCGCAAGAGAAUGUAAUCUUCCUGAAAUUCUUCCUGCCUCGUUCUAUGCGCUUUCGAUACUGCGUUGGACUCAUCUAGCCGACGGCGGCCAAAGCCACCUCCUGUUAUCCCCAGCAGACCUUCGGUGCUUCAUAGUCGGACGAGAACACCUUCAAGAUCAUCUAUGCGCGAUAUUGUCUGGUGCGGACGAGCGGACAUGCGAACCCAGCACAGUUCUUUGCGCUGGUUGCGAGAAUGCAUCUCGGAUGUGGCUUAGCUCAUCGUUGAAGCCCGAUGCUUCUUCCCCGUAUGGAGUGUGGCUUCUUCAAAACUUGCAAGUCUUUGCUGUGAACGGUUGUCCUGGCCUGAGUCUACAUCACGCCCAAUGUGAUGUAAACUUUCGUCUGCGAAUCAGCAAGUUCGUCCAAGACCUUCACGAUGCGAUUCCUAGAUAUUUUAUGCUACGAGCAUGA